AUGAAUAGUACAUACGACGUCCUAAUCAUUGGUGCCGGCAUCGCGGGCUGUGCCAUAGCAACAGGUUUGGCGAAACAAGGACGACGCGUUGUUGUCCUCGAGCGCAGCCUUCGCGAGCCCGACCGGAUUGCGGGCGAAAUCUUACAGCCGGGGGGUAUUGCGGCAUUGUCUAAACUCGGCCUGGACGACUGCGUGGAGGGCAUCGGUGCUACGCCAAUGGAGGGCUACCAUUUCCACUGGACAGGGGAGCAGGCCAGUUUCUGGUUCUGUCCUCUGUCUUCGGGCGAUGGGGGGCCGGCUGUGAAACCGACCGGACGCAGCUUUCAUCAUGGAAAAUUUGUCACCAAGCUGCGGGCGGCUGUCGCGCGGGAACCCAAUGUCACGCUUUUACAGGCCACUGCAGUGGAAUUGCUCCGGGACGAGAGGACGGGUGGUAUUGUCGGGGCAGUUGGUUCACGGGAGGGGGGUUCAUCAACAGAGUAUCGCGCCUCCUUAACCAUUCUCUCGGACGGAUCCGCGUCCAACUUCCGCGCCCAGUUCACCCAUCUGCGACCACAAUCUCACUCGCGGUUUUGGGGCUUAGAACUUGAGGCCAGUCUCCCCAAGCCUAACUACGCCCACGGAAUUCUCGGCCACGGUCUGCCAAUCUUUAUGUACCAAAUCGGCCCACACAAAAUCCGGAUGUUUAUCGACAUCCCCAACACGGCAUACCGAAGACUUGGCUCGACCGAUGCCGUUCGGGCCUACCUCCGCGAGCGCGUCAUUCCAACCGUCCCAGCCUGCAUGCAGGCCAGCCUCACAAAGGCGAUUGAGACCGGCCGUCUGCGCAGCAUGCCCAACUCCUGGCUGCCCUCAACACGCACCAAGGCACCAGGGUUGAUUAUGCUGGGGGACUCGGCCAACAUGCGGCAUCCGGCUACCGGUGCUGGGAUGACCGUUGCCUUAAAGGAUGCGGUGUUGCUUACGGAAUUACUUGAUCCCAGCCGAGUUGCGUCGCUGGGAGAUACAAAUGCGGUCACGAACGCGGUGGGCAAGUUUCACUGGAAAAGGAAGCGACAUAGCGCGCCGCUGAAUAUUGUGGCCGAAGGGAUGUAUGCUGUGUUUGUUGCAGACGACACAACGUCGGCCGUCAUCCAGCACGGCUUAAUCCGGUACAUCCAAGGCGGAGAAGAAAACUUUGCCAUGCCGGGCUGGCUCAUGGGCGGCGUCGUGGAAAGCCCACUACUGCUGCUUUACCACUUUUUCAAGGUGGCCAUUUACAGCAACAAGCUGCGCCUUUGCGAGAGCACAUGGGUCGGCCUUCCCGUAGUUAUCUUCCAAUCCCUUCUUACGAUUUGUGCCGCAGUCUCCAUGAUCUGGCGGCCUGUUAUCGGCGAGCUGCAGCUGUAA